CGUGGCCUGGCGGAAUGGAAUUGUGAGAUCCGGAGCAACUAAGCUCCGUUCCUGCCAAUUGAAUUCAUUUUUGCACGGAAAAUGUCCCAUCUGGCACCACUCGGACGUGGCCGUGCCGGAUAUCUCUUGAGAUUGACCACAGCAUCUGAUACUGUAUACCUGGUCUUUUGCUUCUUGUUAAAUUCUCAAGCCUCAUUGAUUUAUCCUUGAGUAUUACACGUCUUGAAAACUCUUACAAUAUACGGGAAGAAUCUCGGAACCGACGACGAAUCACUGAAAUCAUGACCCUUGUGGCUACGCACGCAAUGUUUGCUUUUUGUGGUGCGGGGUAGCUGAGUGUUGUGGCCGGGGGACUUGCAUAUAAAGGCCUUAAGUCCAGUCUCAACUUGUGUGUCCGUUAUGCACACUCUUUCAGAAACAUCACUGACACCAUGAAUUCAACAGCAUAUUUUACUGGCCACAAUGCUGGAAUCCAGGUCGGUCAGAAUCCUGGGCAGAUUAACAGUCAAUUUAACUACAAUUAUUACAACCAACAAGAUGAUUCAAAGUCCAUUAAUCCCGAGCUUGAUAAGCAGCGAAUCGAGAAGGAGAAGGGUGGCCUUCUUCGAGACUCUUACCGCUGGGUGCUCGACCAUGAUGAUUUCAAAAGCUGGAGAUACACUGCAGGCAAUCAGAUGCUCUGGAUUAAGGGUGAUCCUGGCAAAGGCAAGACAAUGCUAAUCUGUGGUAUCAUCAAUGAGCUUUCAGAGAAAGCUACCCAAGACAAUAUCAACAUUGCCUACUUUUUCUGCCAAGCCACCAAUGCUCGUAUAAACAGUGCUACAGCGAUUCUACAAGGACUUAUUAGCAUGCUUGGGAAGCAACAGCCUCUGCUUCAGACCCACAUUCCUGCGAAGUUCUUUGGUAACGAGAAUGGGUGGUUUGAACUACGCAGCGUUUUUGGGAAGAUACUCCAAGAUCCGGCUAUUAAGAAGACCUACCUAAUGAUUGAUGCACUGGAUGAGUGUGUUACUGAUCAGGAUAGACUUCUUGAAUUUAUUGAAGAGGAAUCAUCAGGUCAUCAACAUGUGAGAUGGAUUGUCUCAAGUCGAAACUGGCCGAGUAUCGAGAAAUAUCUCGAUAACACAACAGGAAUCAGACUUCAGCUUGAGCUGAAUGAAGAUAAGCUAGCUGCUGCUGUUAACUACUUCAUUAAGUAUAAAGUAGAGGAGUUAUCAAAGAGGAACAAAUACACUCUGGAAAAGAGAAAAAUGGUUGAAAACCACCUGUUGCUAAAUGCAAAAGGAACCUUUCUUUGGGUCGCCUUGGUUUGCAAGCAACUCAAAGAUAUUUCAGCAAGACACUUACAGAAAAAGCUCAAGGACUUUCCUCCUGGGCUCGAUGAAUUUUACCAUCGAAUGUUCGGCAACAUUCAGGACUUGGAUGAUGAUGUUGAGCUAUGUCUGUCGUUGCUCGGAAUCAUCACAACUGUCUAUCGUCCUAUUACCUUGGAUGAGCUAUCAUUAUAUCUCGAAUCACAGGACGAGAUUUUAUACGAUGAUCUCCAAGAGAUUGUCAAACUCUGCGGAUCCUUUCUCACUCUUCAAAAUCGAAUAAUCACGUUAGUUCAUCAAUCCGCGCAAGACUUUCUCCUAACACACGCAUCUCAAGAUAUCGCUCCUCAUGGGAUACAAGGCAUACACUAUUCUAUCUUUUCCAAGUCUUUAAAAAGUCUCCAUGAAACAUUACAACAGGAUAUAUAUAAUCUCGGGGAUCCCGCAGUUUCUAUCAUUCAGGUCAACCAGCCAGACCCAGAUCCGCUGGCCACAAUUCGGUAUGCAUGCGUGCACUGGACAGAUCAUCUCAAAGACUACUUUCCCAGGAAAGAGACCAGUAAGCAGAUCCAGGAUACUAUGCUUCUCGACACCUUUCUGCGCCAGGACCUACUCCAUUGGGUUGAAGCUCUUAGCUUGAUCAGGAUCUUGUCAGAAGGAGCCAAAUCAAUGAUAAAGCUUGAAGAAUUAUUAAAGGUAAGGGCAAGAGAGACAGAAUUGAUCUCUAGAGUUCAAGAUGCAUAUCGGUUUAUAAUACAUAACAGAGUGAUGAUAGAAAGUUAUCCACUUCAAACUUAUGUUUCUGCGAUAUUCUUCUGCCCACAGGAGAGUAUCACAAGACAUCAAUUUGGGCUUAAGGUCUUAGAGUGGAUAAGUGGAAAAAACGUCGUGGAAGAACGCUGGAGCGCCUGCCUGCAGACCCUCGAGGGUCAUAAUGACUCGGUCAGGUCUAUAGUCUUCUCGCAUGACUCUAAAAUACUGGCCUCUGCUUCCUAUGACAAGACUAUUAAGCUGUGGGAUACUGAUAGCGGCACCUGCCUGCAGACGCUUGAGGGUCAUGAUGCCUUGGUCUUCUCUAUAGUCUUCUCACAUAACUCUAAGCUGCUGGCAUCUGCUUCCGGUGAUAAUACUGUUAAGCUGUGGGAUACUGAUAGCGGCGCCUGUCUGCAGACCCUCGAGGAUCAUGAUGCCUCAGUCUGGUCUGUGGUCUUCUCGCAUAACUCUAAGCUGCUAGCCUCUGCUUCCGGUGAUAAUACUGUUAAGCUGUGGGAUACUGAUAGCGGCACCUGUCUGCAGACGCUUAAGGGUCAUGAUGCCUGGGUCCAUUGUAUAGUCUUCUCGCAUAACUCUAAGCUGCUAGCCUCUGCUUCCGGUGACAAGACUAUUAAACUGUGGGAUACUAAUAGCAGUGCCUGCCUGCAGAGACUUGAGGGUCAUGAUGCCUCAGUCUUUUCUAUAGUCUUCUCGCAUGAAUCUAAGCUGCUGGCAUCUGCUUCCGGUGAUAAUACUGUUAAGCUGUGGGAUACUGAUAGCGGCGCCUGUCUGCAGACGCUUGAGGGUCAUGAUACCCCAGUCUGGUCUGUGGUUUUCUCGCAUGACUCUAAGCUAAUAGCCUCUGCUUCCGACGACAAGACUGUCAAGCUGUGGGACACCGGCAGCGGCACCUGCCUGCAAACGCUUGAGGGUCAUGAUGCCCCAGUCUGGUCUGUGGUCUUCUCGCAUGACUCUAAGCUACUGGCCUCUGCUUCUAAUGACAAGACUGUCAAGCUGUGGGACACCGGCAGCGGCGCCUGCCUGCAGACGCUUAAGGGUCAUAAUGCCCAAGUCCAGUCUGUGGUCUUCUCGCAUGACUCUAAGUUACUGGCCUCUGCUUCCGGUGACAAUACCGUCAAGCUGUGGGACGCCGGCAGCAGCGCCUGUCUGCAGACGGUUGAGGGCCAUAAUGACUGGGUCCGGUUUCUGGUCUUCUCGCAUGACUCUAAGCUACUGGCCUCUGCUUCCGGUGACAAGACUGUUAAGCUGUGGGAUACUGAUAGCGGCACCUGUCUGCAAACCCUCAAGGGUCAUACCUCUGCUUCCGACGACAAUAUUAUCAAGCUGUGGGACACCGGCAGCGGUACCUGCCUGCAGACGCUUGGGGGCCAUGAUAACAUAGUCUUUUCUAUGAUCUUCUCCUAUGACUCUAAGUUAUUGGCCUCUGCUUCCGACGACAAGACUGUUAAGCUGUGGGACGCCGGCAGCGGCGUCUGCCUGCAGACGCUCAAGGGUCACGGCAACGCAGUCAUAAAACUUGAUAUUAUCAAUUCGAGCCUUGAAACUAACAUGGGUAUUUUUAACUUGUCUUUCCUUGCCGAACCGACAUUCUCUCAAGCACGUCACGAAGUACUGCACUCUCAGGGAUUCGGAAUAAGUCCUGAUCAAACCUGGAUUACAUGGAACUCGGUAAAUCUGUUGAAGUUGCCAUCAAUAUUCAAGGUGUCAGCCUCUGCUGACGAGUCCUUAUACUGA